CAAAUUAAGAGUUAAAUUUUUAAAAUUUAUCAAAAAAUUUAAAAUAUCAUCAUAAAUCUUACCUUGUGAUACAUGAUAUUAUAUUUUUCAUCUUCAGAUCAUCAGACAUGUUUGAAAACGAUUUUUCGAUUACUAGGAACUGAGAUCAAACGACUAUCUCAAAAUGAAUACGAUUUACAUCAUGGUGCUGUCUGCAUUAAAUUAAAAAUGGAAAACGUUGAACAAAGUAUGCCUAAUUGUGCUCUUAAAUGUCUUCGAAAUGUUGAAGAUGUUACCCAGAGUAUACAUCAAGUUAAAUAUGGAGUAAAUACUAUUGGAAGAGGAUUAAAUAAUGAUAUUGUACUCAAAAAUUUAAAUGUAUCAAGAACUCAUUGUCACUUACGGGUCGAAAAAAAAGAAUCUAAAGAUAUUGCAUAUAUCAAGGAUUUAGGUACAUCAAAUGGGACUUUUGUUGGCAAUACAAAUUUAAUUGAAUUUGAAGAACAUCAGUUGAAUGAUUUAGAUAUGAUUGUGUUAGCUAGUGGUGAUGAAGGAGUCGUUCUACAAUAUAUUGAUCAAGUAGAUCGUACUAUUAAUUUUUCAAAUCUAUGUAAUAAUCCAAUGAAUAAUAAAAGAAAAGUACUCAAUGAAGAAAAUGUAGAUGAUGAAUCAACUGCUGUGAAAAUUCCAAAAUUAGUUACAAAUUCAGAUGAAUGUAAUAUAUUAAAGAAACCAAUUUCAAUUACCAAUACCAAUCAAUCAAAUACAUUGAAUAUUUUGCCUAAUGUUGCUAAUAAAAAUUCUGAUGAUCAAAAUUUAUUAGCCGAAGACCUCAAAACAAUUCCUACAAAUAAUGCAGAACCUUCCUGUUCUAGUUAUAAAGAUAAUAUAUCUAGUGCAGUAAAAAUAAAAAUAGAACCUGAUACUAUAAAUAAUGUAUUUAGUCAAGGAACAUAUCGAAAUGAAGAAGAUAGUGUUAUUGUAGUUUUUUCGUCAGAUGAUGAAAAUGAUAUAAAUAAAAAUGGCUUAGAAUUGUCAAACAAUAUAAUUGACAAACAAGAGCAAAUAAACACUAACAUAUACACAAAACAUUCAGGUCCAUCUACUUCAAAAAUAGAAAAUAAUUUGAAUCUUCCAGAGUUGUCAAUUCAAUGUCAAAAAAAUGAAAUACUGAUUAAUAAUAAAGAUGAUUUGAUAAACAUUCCAUCUAAUUUAAAUUCCAAUAAUAUAAAUUUGAUAAGUUCAAGUGAUAGUGAAAGUGAAAGUGAUUGCACUAGUAAAUACCCAAAAAUUAUUGAUCCUUUUCCAAUGAAAGUUAGUAAAAGAGGACAAACAAAGCUACUAGUUGAGAAUAAAUAUUUAAUGAAAACUCGAGCUAAAUCUGAAAAAUUAAUUCAUAAUAAAAAGAAAGCAGAAGAAGCGAUUGUUGAUCAAAAUAAACAAAUUAUUCAAGAAAGACAAAUGAGAAUUAAGAAUUUGGCCACAAAUAACUCAUUAAAUGAAUCUUUUAAAAUAAUAAAUAAUAAUCCAUCAACUGAUGAUGACCCAUUUAUUGAUAAUCCUUCAACAAUUGGUAAAUUAAAAAAAAAAAGAAGAGUAUCUAGAAUAGAACAAAUUAAUAAUGAUAAUUGCACGCCUAGUACAUCAAAAUCUCAUUCACAAGGGGUUAAAAAAAAAGUUGAAUUUAAUUGUCAAAAAUUAAUUUCAACCACAAACAAUCAAAAUGAACAAUAUUCAUUCUCCAAUUAUACAAAUAUAGGUUCUUCAACUACAACAACUAUCAAACCAAUUAAUUUUGUUUUUUUUGAUACACUUAGUAAAAUAUGUAAAUGGAAUGCUGUUUGGUUAUAUGAGGAAAAAUUUGCCGAUACAUCUCCACCAUUAGUAAAAGCUAUUUACAAAAUGAAAGAACAAUUUGAUUCUCCGUCUGAAUAUUCUUCAACAAUGAAAUCAAUAUUAUUUUAUGAAAUUUGGUCAAAAAUAAGUGAAUCAUAUCAUAUGAUACUUAGUAAAAGCCCCGAUUUGGAAAGAUGUAUUUUUGAAAAAUCUUCAAAGAAAAAUUUACCUCUCUCUACAUUUAUUAUUCAGUCUGUCAAUGAUGAAUUUUCCUCGUCAGUGCAAGCAUUAAAAUCUAUUAAUCAGCCAUUAUGGUGCUUAAAAUGUAUAGGGACGAAUAAAAACACUGAAACUUCUUUAACGGGAUCAAGAAAUUCACUGAAAGGAUGUUUAUGUAUUAUUAUAGUACAGUCGGAAUGCUUUGAAACAGAGGUUAUUAAAAAUAAAAAACCAAUGAAAUCUAAAAAUAUUUUUUUUGCCUAUGUUAAUAUGGCAAAAAAAAUUGGGUACCACUCAAAUUCACAAUUGUACAUAGAACUUAUUGUGACAAAGAAGACUGAAAAUAUUCCUAAUGGAACUCAUAUUCACUUAAUGGAUAUUUUUUAUUUACACUCAGAACUGCGUUUAUUUCAAGCUUUAAUUAAUGUGACAAGAUCUCCACUAUGCAAUGCACUCAUUACUCCACAACUGCAUAACUUCAGUAUUGAUUCUUCGAAAGCUAGUUUAAAAAAUUAUAACAUAAACAGUUUAUUAUUGAACAAUAGUCAAAAAGAAGCAGUAAAAAUGGCUACAACAAUUUGCAAUUCUGUAGAACCAAAUGUAGGUUUAAUAAUUGGACCUCCAGGCACAGGAAAAACUAAUGUUAUCUGUAAUAUCAUUUUGACUUUAAUGUCUAACAAAUUGACCAAAACUAAACCUAAGCUUCUUAUAUGCGCACCUUCUAAUGAAGCUGCUGAUGUGAUAGUAAGACGGAUAAUAGAAAUCAAAAAGGACUUAAAACAUGAAGCACAAUUUGAUGUGAUACGAGUGGGUAGUGGACAAAAAUAUGAUCCAAAAUCACCUAUUGUUGAUGUAAUGCUGGAUACUGUAAUCAAAAAAAGAAUGGAGAAUCCUUCAAAUGAAACUGAUCAACAAGGUCAAACAAAUAAUUUGUUCAUAUAUACCAAUAAAAAAGAUCUUGAAAAUGAAAUACUUUUAAAUGCUGAAGUUAUAGUGACAACAUUGAAUUCUUGUUUUUCUAAGACAAUGGAGGAUACGUUUAAGCCUUCAAAUAUUAAUUGUCAUUUUACUGCCUGCAUAGUAGAUGAAGCUGGACAAUCAAUAGAACCUCUAAUUUAUGUUCCGUUAUUACUUGGUAUUAAUAAAUUAAUUUUGGUUGGAGAUGAUAAACAGCUUCAACCAUUAGUAAAGAGUAAGGUGGCUAAAGAUAAUGGCCUUGGUAUUUCUCUUUUCAAACGGCUUAAAACAUGGUUUGAACGUAAGCGCUCUACACGAAAAAGUUUUCCUGUUGCAAUGUUGAACAUACAAUAUCGAAUGCAUUAUGAAAUUUGUUUAUUUCCAUCAACAUACUUUUAUAAAGGUUUAGUUAAAACUGCACCAUCUGUUAAAACGAGAAAGCAACUGCCAUUCCAGCCAUAUAUGAUCCUAGAACAUGAAAGCCAACAAGAUAAUACUGGUGAAUUAAAUAUUGGUGAAGCAUAUAUGAUUGUGAGUUUGGUAGAAAUUUUACUCAAUUCGGAAUGUCAAUCACUAACCGUUGCAGUUUUAACACCUUAUCAUAAACAAAGAGAGCAAAUAAAUAUGUUGUUAAAGAAAAAGAAGAUCUCGAUUAACGUCAAUACAAUAGAUUCAUUUCAAGGUGGUGAAUGUGAUGUAUUAUUGAUAUCAACAGUUCGUACUAAUGGAGUUGGAUUUAUGGAUGAUAUUUGUCGUUUGAAUGUUGCUUUGACACGUGCUAAGCAAUCAUUAAUAAUAUGUGGAAACUUCAUGUCUUUAAAAGGAGAACGAGUAUGGUCUGAUUUAUUAGAAGAUGCAAGGAAACGUAAAUUAAUUAAAAAAGUAUCAAAUAAAGUCAUCACUAAUUCUAGAGCUUUACUUGCUAUGAUAAGAUAUUAAUUUAUUUUUGAUAUGUAUAAUAUUUAUG